AUUCCGGCUUCCGUAGGCAGCAGGAGCGAAAGGGACCUGCUCGCUGCCACAGCCUGAGAGCAUCCUCCUCUUUGCCUUCUUAUCAUCCUCACCAAAACACAGCGGGAUGACGGAAAAUCAUGAGGAUAUCAGCUCUACACCCUCCGGAUUUUCGGUAGAAUAUCGUUACGGGCUACGUUAGCCGUUUGGCUAGCGUGAAGCUGAGAAAACAUGAGGCGUUUUUCCUGAUGAAGAGCACACAAAAUAGAAAAGAACAGAGUUAUCCCUAGCAGAGCGAGCUGGGCUGAGCCUCUAGCUUUCACUGUUUUAUUUAUGCAUAUAUUUUUAUUUUCUUUUACAAACUCCCUCCGAAAUUACUUGCGUCAAGAAGCUCACGACAUUUUUAUUGGACUCAUUUCCUCUGCUGAUGUGUCUGUAAUCUGUGGUUCUCCAGUUAAAGAAGAUGCACAGAUAGAAGUGGUCGCUUGACAACAUCAAGGUGCUCGGGACUUUCCUACUUUCCAGCAGAGAGAAUAUGAACCAACAGAUCUAACAUUUCUGACCGACAUGAUGCCAUAAGAAGAGGACAUUUCCACUAAAAAGUUGUCUGACUCUCUACUCUACACAGAUGAAUGUCUUUUAGCAGCUUCCAGUUGUGCUCCAUCACUUGGACUGUGUUUUAAUUGGAGGAAUGGAUUUUUAAAACCAUGGCUGCAGCAACAUUUUAACCCUGGGAUUCUGACUAAUUCAACAUAUGUUUACAUGCCCGUAUCAGUGAUUUUUAUCUACAAAAGGGGCCUUAUCACGUCAAAAACACUGAACUUUUUACCAGGACAUAUUUGCUGUAUCUACCUUUAAAUACGUGAGUGGCUAAUCAUCAUUUCCUGGGUCCAGAGAUUGAUUCCAACGCAUCAAUACUUUUGUCAUGCAGGGAAUCUGUGGACGCACCAGGAACAAGCUGAAAAUUCAUUCUUUAGUUACUUCCCUAGCCUCAUUAUUGACCCCAUGACCCCUGAAGACGUCAGAUAGUCGCUCUCACCAAACCAUAUGUCCUCAUCAAAGAUUUAAAAGCAGUUACCACAGGGCGGUAAACGAUGCGCAUGCCUGUAGCGGCGCCAGCGUCGUCGUGGCUGGCCGUCACCGGACGGUCCUCUGCUUCGGCCAUGACCCGGUUGAUGUUGGGCCGGACUCUGGAGCGAAUCUGUAAAGGCGUCCUGCUGCUCUGCCUGCUCCACUUCCUGAUCAUGAUGAUCCUGUACUUCGAUGUCUACACGCAGCGCUUCGACCUCUUCAGCCGCUUCAACAACGGCCGCAAUGGAUCCAGGAAUAACAUCAGUGGAGCAGCAGGACAUCACUAUUACUAUUACAACCUUUCCAGGCCUAAUGCUACAUUACCGAGCUACCUAGCUACAGGCGAGCAGCUGAUGCCCACUGUGCAGCCAGAGACCAAUCAGACACCUUCACCCAAACCGCUGCCGCCGUGCCCAGAGAUCCCACCAGGCCUUGUGGGGCGUUUGCUGAUCGAGUUCAGCACCCAGAUGACAAUGGAGCGAGUGCAGAAAGAAAACCCCAAUGUGACGGAGGGAGGCCGCUACACACCUCCUGACUGUCGGCCCAGAUGGAGGGUGGCCCUCAUCAUCCCGUUCCGUCACAGAGAAAACCACCUGAAGUACUGGCUCCACUACCUCCACCCUAUCCUCCGACGGCAGAAGAUCGACUAUGGCAUCUACAUCAUCAACCAGUUGGGGGAAGACACCUUUAACCGUGCCAAGCUGUUGAAUGUUGGCUACACAGAGGCGUUGAAGGACGGAGAGUACGACUGCUUCAUCUUUAGUGACGUGGACCUGAUCCCGAUGGAUGACCGCAACCUCUACCACUGCUACGACCAACCGAGACACUUUGCCAUUGCCAUGGAUAAGUUUGGCUUCAGGCUGCCGUACGCAGGAUACUUCGGAGGAGUUUCAGGCCUUAGUAAAAAACAGUUUCUGAAGAUAAACGGCUUCCCAAAUGAGUACUGGGGCUGGGGAGGAGAGGACGACGACAUCUACAACAGGAUCACUCUGAAUGGGAUGAAGGUGUCCAGGCCAGACGUUCGAAUCGGCCGCUACAGAAUGAUUAAACACGAGAGAGACAAACACAACGAGCCCAACCCACAGAGGUUUAACAAAAUACAGAACACAAAGAACACAAUGAAGAAGGACGGCAUCAGCUCUCUGACCUACAGACUGGUUCAGGUCAAGAAGUACCCACUGUACACAAAUAUCUCUGUGGAGAUCGGCAAACCACCGCCCCGUCCAUUCAAGGGCUAGUGACACACAGAGAGAGGGGUGAAGGGGGUUGAUGCAUUGUGUCUGGAGGAGCAAGAUGUGCACAAGAGAGAUUACAAGAAGGAACCAAGAGACACAUAUCCUUGACUUGGAAAGACUGGAAAUAUUUUGGAGUAGAAAAAGAGGGGAAGUAACAAGCACAUCAUGGUCUCUUUCUCCCCUCUAACCCUUCUUUUGAAGAUUUCAGCGCUCCAUUUCUGUAACAGGACUCAGGCUCCUUCAAUUUUUUCAGGCAGACAAUGGCUUCUCACCCCUACCUUUACCAAUCAGUGACUUCAGAAUUAAAGAGAGUGGACCAAAGCUGGAAUACCAGCGGCUGACUCAAAGCUGGUGUCAAACUUGGAAGCUGAAACUUGGAGCCUUUCCAUCAGCAAUCUUUCGAAGACUGGAGGGCAUCCAAUGGUGUAUCGACAGAGGAUAAUGACAGGGUCUAUAUGUUGGGAGACAAUUUCUAAGUUGGAUAGUUUUCAUGGCUUGUUCUCAAAUAUGGGACAGCGUCCAGUUUGAUUUCUUGGAAUAUUUGACAAGUUUCGUCAACACAAAGUGACAAAAAAAUGACUUCUACAUGGAUACGAAAAAGGAAACUGAAGAGCAAAGGACUUGGAACAUGCUUGUGUGGAAAUAACAUAACCUGGUGGACAACAGACUCUUUUAACGCCAUGAAAAAUGUUACUUUUUAAGCAUUUACAGAUGUGUGUUCAAGAUAACAGGGAGUCCCGUUUUAGAAAUGGUUGCAGACCGUGACAGCCCAUGGAAUUAAAUGGAUUGCAUAUCAAAGAUCUGCUGACUCUUGUCUCAACAAAUGAUGCUGACAGUCGAUUUGAUAUUGACGUCUUUGUCAGGGAGUCUCCUGUUUGGAUCUAACUACUCAAUCAAAUCCUCCGGUAUCACUUAAUGAAUGUGUAUUGUGCCUGCAUCUACAGCAGAAGACUCUAAACAGUGCUGGGACACGCUGAUAACAACCUGUUUGUCAUGGGAACCCUCUUUUGGUUCUCCUUUUUAUAUAUAUAAACUCAGACUUUGGAAACAGAAACUGACUCAGUGGAGUGAUGGAAAAGUUUGGCAACAGAAGAAAACAUAUUGAAGUUACGUAAGGCUUUCUCCUAUGUUGAAUGCAGUGUGCUGGAACUACCUUGGGAAUGCAUCUUGAAUCAUAUCGAGGAUUUAGACCAACAAGGCAGAUUAACUGACAGCUCAGACAUGAUUUCACCUCCAUGUGGCACAUAUUGGAAAUCAGUUUUCUUGACACUUGUUGUCUUUUUUGACCCACUUUAAGAAAGUUUUGUUUCGGUAAUCUGAGUUUUACAGAUCCAGUUUCUUCUCUAAAAGAUGGAAGCUAGAGAUUAGUUCAUAUUCUUACAAAUAUGUACAAAUAUGAUCCAGUAGAAACAUUUAUUGAUAAAUAAAUUUGACUUUAACUGUAUUUUUUAACAUGGGGCACAAAAGGGACAAACGACAAAUAUGAGCUAUCAGAUGUUUCGCAGGAAACCAGUUGUCAAUCCAAAGGUCUUGCAGUUUUCUCACUCGCUCCACAGACAUAGAGACAAUUUGAAAUUUGGGUCAUUUUUUAGCUUAUAAUGUAACCUUAAAGUCUUUUUCUUUAGUAUCACGGUUCAUUUAUGCUCUUAUGCCAUUUUCUCUCUGCUAUCAUUUUCUUCCAAUCUACGAGGGGAAAGACUAUCAUAUCCGGAAAGAGGAAAUUACACAAUGAUAGUCUUUAGUCUAUGGAAAAUGUGAAUUUGAGGGCUGCUUCGAGAAGUUAAAGUUUGAGCAGUCUGACUGACGUCUCAAUCGCUGCUUCAGAUUUUAUCACCAUCACCCGUCAGAACAGGAUCAUUUUAAUACACUUUAGAAUUUCAUAACUGACAGGUAUCAAAUAACCAGUUCCUUUUUUUUUUACUGAAGUUGUUUUGACGUUUAAACUGUCUCAUAUGACUUCAACAGCUUAUCCUGUGUGGAAAAAAAUCGCCUUGCACUUUUUUUUGUAAUGUUUUGAUAUGUUACUCUUCUUCCUUUGUUUUUAUUUUUUCCUCGUCUCUACUGUUGAUGCUGUUACUGUUGACGCCUAAACACCAAACUGAUGCCUUCAGUAGUAAUUUUUUCAAAGGGGCUGGGAAAGUUGUGUUUAAAUUUGAGGUCAUUCCUUGGCUGAUAAGUCAGUGGAUAAGGACAUGUGUGUGAUAUACGGAAGCCUAAAGCAGACACGCAUCUGUACAUUUUAUUUACUCAGUUUUCUAGUGAAAACUAUUAUAUUUUUUCUCUAUAUAUAUCUUCACAUAUCUGUGUUGUUAUCUCAUGAUAAUAUAACAUGUUUUCCGUGAUGAUGAGUUCAUUUCAAUUGUUUCCUUGAAACCCCAUCUUAUCAUUUGUCCUCAUCACGUGAUAAUAAAGUUUGUUUUCUCAUGAUAACAGGAUACUUUUCUGGCAUUCUAGAAAAUGAAAUAAUAGGAUGGUCACUGUAAUAGUCCAGACCAUGCAAUGCUACCAUUGCCAAUACUAAUGAGGUAAGUUAAGCCGAUUUCUUCUCUGUACUUUGCUUUUCUAAUCGAGUUAUGAUUAUGUCCAAUACAGUGGUGGGCUUUUUAUCAUGAGGAAACAAGUUUUGUUAUCUUGAUGAAUUACAGCUUGAUCUGGAGAACUUGUUUUCACAAUACAACAGAGUAAAUAACAUGUAUUGAUACAUGCCAGCUCAGGGCUUCCAUAGCUUUCAAGAAAAACCCACACAAAACAUUUCCACCUGCCUUUGAAACUUUAACAGAUACAAGAGUUUUGUAUCCUCUGAUGGUUCAAUCUCUGCAUCACUAAUAACAAUGUGGGGCUUUUAUUAGGUGAAAAGAAAAAAAGUAGAUUGUUUGUUCCUUCUUUGGACAGCCUUCAGGCAAAAAUGUUCCCAUCUGUUUGGCUCUCUGUUAUCUCUGCCUGAAGUCUGUUGGAAGGAGUGAUGGCCCCUCUCUUACAGACACACACACACACACACACACACACACACACACACACACACACAUACACACAGACAGGCACACACACACAGGCACACACACACACAGGCACAAAAGCAUUCACAGUUUCCCUUUUUUCUUUACAUUAUCUCCUCUUUCAUUGCCUCUUCUUUCUCACUCUGUCAGUCCACGCUGUGUGUGUGUCAGUGGCUUUCUGUUGUGCUUUGUGCCAGGCCCACUUCAGGCACAGCUGCGUUGCACAAGAGCGCUUCUUCAUUCAAUAGAUAUCGACAGGGGCUCUCUUUGUGUCCCUGAAUUUGUGCCACUUUACUGUAUCUUUAUUUUUCUCUGUACUCACCCCUUCUCAGUACACAUCCCCCAUCUGUCUCCCCUCUUCUCUCCUUAUCUACUCCAACCCUGACUCUCCUAUUCCUUUUCACCUUCUCUCCUCUCUGUACUCUGAAACUAAAGAGUGCAGAAAUCUCUUGGUGACUUUUAGAGUCCCUUAGUGGGUAAACAACGUGGGGAGAUCAAUACCCUCCCUUCUUUAUACUGUUUACAGCUGUGGAAUUCAACAGAUUUGUUCACAUCUAUCGCAUAUCCUGCUUAAAAGUCACUGUUUCUAUGUGGGGUGUGAGCUUUUGGGGAUGCUCUGAUCAGUUUUUGAUGCAGUCAUAUAUUUUCAGAAAGACCUCUUUGUUUCGUUGAGUUGAGAAACACAGUAAACAUUAAAUGAAAGCUUAGAUUUUCACCCUGCAGUAUUAAAGAGGCGCCUCAGAGAUUAAGUGUGUCACCUCAGUAAAGUUGGGUGACUUUUGAGGGACAGGUUAAGGAAUAUAGAUGAUAAUUUUGAAGUAGCAGAGGCUGAAAUAUACAGACUUUAAAUCCCUAGCUUAAGUCAAAUCCUAAAAGAAUUACAUUUCCCAUAAUGCAACUAAUUAUUAUCUUUCAUAGAGUUGUAAAGGUGAAGACUGAAUUUUUGAACCCUUGGCUACAAAAGUAAAGUCUCAUUCAUGUUUUUUUUUCAGAGGAUAUCCCGUGAUUCACAGUUUGGACACUUCAACACUAGAAUAAAUGAUAAACAUAUGUGAAAAAAGACAAUAAUGCAAAAUAAAUGGCACUAGCCUCUGUGCUAAAAAAAUAUUGGGAAAAUAGUCCUGGCAUAGUUAACUUAAACAUUCUGCAACAUGAAUGGCUAACAGCAUACAGAUGCGGAAGAUAAAGCCUCUGGUUUUACAAUCUGAAGCUCUCAUGAAUAUACUUGGGCAGCAUUUUCAUAAUUACAAUUUUUUGCACUUUGUUUGGUUCACAAAUUAAUAAUGUAACAUAAAGUGGUAGUUUUGGGAGUACAGUGUCUAUAACUAAGUAGCUCUAAGGUAAAAGAAAUACGUUUCAAAUGGAAGUAUACAUAUCUGUAAAACCCUCCCUUCCUCCUCAGUCCCACCAUUCGAUCCCCACACCUCCAGAAACAAAGUAGCAUUCCUGUAAAAGAUUUGAGGUCAACGUGCUCCAGAGCCACAGAAGACAUUACACAGCCACUUUGCUCAUACUCUUCAUGACAACUCAACUACACCCCUUCACACCUGAAAUGCUUGAGCGCCCCUGUAAAAUUCUAGCAUCAACAAGCAUACUCUUACAAACUACAGGCUGCAUUUCAUGAGGACAGUUACAUCUAGAAAGAACAAGCUAAAGAGAAAGAUUUCUUGGCAAAAGAAGAAGGAUAGAGCAGGAGAGUCAUGGCCCCAGUGUGUAUAAACAGUAACAUGUGAUGCAGAUGUAAAGAUCAGAAACCUCAGCAGAAAAAGUAUUUGAAUCGUUUCCUUUACUGGUGUAUGAAAACGACGGUGAGGAGCGCUUGAUAUUUGUUGAAGGACUUUUGACUUUUGAAGCUGCUCCAGUCGUCAAGCACACCUCUGGUGGUUAAGUAGUGGAGACAGUUUUUCAAAUACUUCUUUUGCUUGUCUGCAGCAGACAGCAGACAGGACUUAGAGGCCUGUGGGCGUUUUUAAACAUUUACUGUAUCUCUAGCUAUGGUUUUUUGUACAUUGAAUGUUGAAAAUGUUAUAUCUUAUAUAGAAUGCAUUAUGUCAUAUCAAACCUACUUUUUCUAUACAAUCAAUAAAUCUGAUGGUUAAAGAUUA